AGGAUACCGCAUGACAGGAAGGCCAGAAGCCCAUUACCUGUGUACCUGCCGAGGGCGGCGUUCAUCUCCAUGACAGUGAUCUCAUUUUGCGGCUUCCUAAUAGCCCUCACUUUUGCCGCCAUCAACUUCAAACAUCGACAUCUCAAGGUGAUCAAGCUGUCAUCGCCAACCAUCAACAACUGGAUCGCGGUGGGCUGCGCCCUUGGCUACUUGUCCGUCGUGCUGAACGGCCUCGAUGGCCGCUUACUGACACCGCAGUCCGUCAGCGUCAUGUGCAGCGCCAGACUGGCCACCCUCAGUGUGGCCUACACCUUGGCCUUCGGUGCAAUGUUUAGCAAGACAUGGCGCGUCCAUCGAAUCAUGACCAACAAGAAACUGGACAAAAUUAAGGUGAAGGACCUUCACCUCCUGGCUUGGCUAAUUGUGCUUGUAACCCUUGACCUUUUCUUCCUUGUCCUGUGGAACAUCAUAAACCCUCUGCGCAGAGACACGAAGCCUCUAGAGGUGCAGACUGAUCCAGAAGAUCCCGACCACCUCUAUCUGCCGUACCUCGAAAUUUGCGUCUGUCAGCAUAAAGAGUAUUGGGUGGGAGCACUGCUGGUGUACAAGGGCCUUUUGCUUCUGUUUGGCAUCUUCCUGGCCUGGGAGACGCGGGGUAUCAAAGUGCAAGCGCUCAACGACAGUCGUUACAUCGGGUUGUGUGUCUACAAUGUAGCUGUGCUCUGUGUUGUUGGCGUGCCCGUCAAUUUCCUCAUCAACGAUGAAAAUCACAUGGGUAGUUACCUCAUCACCUCAGCUUUCAUUAUUCUUGCGGUCUCAAUAACCCUCUGCAUCGUUUUCCUUCCCAAACUCUACACCGUCUACCGCAACCCCAGUGGAGAUGUUGAUGUCCGCUUCCCCACACAACAUACCGUCUUCAGUGUUGAAAGGGCUUCCGGGUCAAAGGUCACUCCCUUGAGCCAGAUGGCCAAUAACAUUGCUUUUCAGCGACGCCUUGAAAUAUUAAUAUCGAAGAAAGACCAGGAGAUCCAGGAGCUGAAGGACGAGAUCGCGCGGAUCCAGGGUCACGUGGGCUCCGCAUUGCUGCUGAACGGACCGACGUCAGACACCGCCGCUUGACCGUUGCCUGGAGGACAGUGAGCUCACCGGACAACUAAACUACAGAGCUGUUCAUGCCCAGUGUAGACUUUCUGCUUUCGUGUCUGUGCUUGUUUCUGUCUAGAACUAUCGAGACCCUUAAUCGUCUGCCAUGUUUCAGUUACUGCUUCUCGUUAUGUGUGCAAGCAAGUACGUCAUCUAGAAUUUUCCACUUCCCCAGUGUUUUAUUUAUAUUAUAUACUGAGUGAUAAAUCUGGCAGUAAACACACAUGUAUGCGUUUCACUCAUGGGUGAACGGCUGGUUACGGCAUCCCCAACAGUUCACACACAAAAAUUUUGAGAAAUGAUGAUCGUUUUUCUCGCUCGUUUGGCCGUUACUUGAUUAGUAGCUAGAUGUUUCUAGCCGAGUCAUCUGACUUCCAAUCUGAACAGUUAUCUUUUGUGCCUCAGUCUCAGAUAAUUACCUUCACGGUCUCUGACUUUCGAUUGGAAUGUAUUAGCCUUUUCAUCAGUGAUAAAUCUUCAUCAAUCUACGAUUACGCUCUAAACUAUAAGUUCGGCCGUUAAGAUCGUCAGUUUAAGAUUGCUUCUUGGAUGAAUAAGUCAGGUGUCGAGUUGAUGUAUCAAUCCGGCUUGCAUUUUUCUACUUAUUGGUUUAUUUCGAAUAAACAGUUUCAGAAACUGUA